GGUUGAUUGGCCGUUAUCGGAAUAUUUCUAUCCUUUAGGCCGGUGUAGCGCCACAGAAAGACGGAUGAAAGGGUCAGGUGCAUGAAAAGGAAAAAUAAAAAUAAAAAUAAAAUAAAAUCACCAAUUCUUAAACACGGGAUGAGCAACGCAAAGUAACGGAGAAUACAGCGUCUAAUCAGUGCGGAUACGCUGCUUGGCUGGCUGGGCGGCGGGUGUCCCCUGGCUCCGCCGCAACGGACAAGGUUCGUAUUCUACACUACAACCCGAGCAUAGCCCUGUAAAUCAUAUAGAUCUCCUUCCCGUCUUGCAUAUCACAUCUUACAUUUCUCCAUCAUCACUACUCAACAAUUACCAAUGGAAACGCAUCUUUCUCCCGCCGCGUGACUCACGUCGGCCAACAGCUUCCCCACUUCCCCAAUCCCCAAUUAAUGCUGACGCUAGUGAGCUUGACGAUGUCUAUAAAGUCGACGACAAUACAUCGAAGCAGAGUCGAUGCCAAUUCAACUCCAGCAACAUAAACAACCUCCAGCAACAUAAACGACACCAGCUAAAACCAUGAGCUUCAGCAUCGUCCCCGUCACCGUCGACGAUGUCACCGUCCUCGCCAAAAUCUCCGGCUCCGCUAUGGAAAAGGACCGCCAAACAGAAAUGAAGGCCCUCGCCGAAGACCCAUUCGACAUGGAAGCAUACACGCUCGAGUCCCUGCCGGGCCUGCUCCUCCACCCCCGCGUCGCUAUUGUCAAGGCUGUCGAUUACGAGACGGGCGAAGUCAUGGGAAUGUGCCAAUGGGGUUUCCGUGGCUUCGCGCCCAACGAGAUGCCUGUGCUAGAGGGCCAGCCGAAAAGGGUGGACGAUGCAAAGAAGCCAGCCGAGGCGGAUGCUCCAGAAGAUGCUCCCAGGGAGGAAACCACCGCAGAAGCAGAAGAAAAGACUAAAUCUGAGCCGGAACCCACAAAGCAGGGCAAAGAUAAAGUCAAGGACCUCGUGGCACUCACCGACGCCGACCUGGACGCAUGGAUGGAGGAGCAAAUGCCCGAAGGCACUCGCUGUCUCUACAUCGUUGGUCUGACCGUCUCGCCCAAGUUCCAAGGCCGCGGCGUCGGUUCUGCGCUGCUCAAAUGGGGUACAUCCGUCUGCGACGCGAAUGGCGUCUUUGCAUGGGUACAUUCGAGCAUGGGCGCAUGGCAGAUGUACCAAAAGAGCGGCUUUGAGGUUGUGCGCACACUUGACGUGGACUUGGAUGUGUAUGCGCCGUGUCCGCCACCAGGAGAGGGCGAGGGGGCCAAGUGGGGAAUAUAUACAUUUUACUAUAUGAAGUAUCUGCCCAAGAAGGUGGACUAGAAUACGCUUUAAAGACAGUAUAUAGCGAGUGGUGUGUAAGAUGAGAGGGCGUUGUAUAUAGCAACUACUAGGUCGCCUAUGAUGAGAAUAUCAAGCGGUUCAGUUUACGCAUAA